AAGAAAGAAAAAAGGAGAGGAAAUCUAGAAAAAAAAACAACUCUCUUGUUUUCUUAUUAGCAGCGUGGACUUUCUGCGGAAAGGGGCAGCAACGUCUAGAGAGAGAAAGCAGCGCGGAGGAAGGAGACGACGGCACGGCACGGCGACGACUUCCCCUUCUAGGAACCGACGGGGAAGAAUUUCUCUGUUUUGCUCCUUCCAUCUUCAUCUGCAAGGCGGAGUUUUCUUCGGCAGCGGGGGGGUUCAAUCCGCCGGAUUCAAUGGAUGACAAGGAAGGAGGAUCCUCGAGAUCGGCGGCUCCGGUGCAGCGGCCUACUAUCACGCUGCCGCCGCGGAGUUCGAUGGAGAGUUUUCUCACGAGCGGGUUUAGUGGGGUGAGCCCGGGGCCUAUGACUCUGGUGUCGAGUUUUUUCUCGAACGGAGAUUCUCAGCCCUCGUUCUCCCAGUUGCUGGCGGGUGCUAUGGCGUCUCCCGUCGCUUUUGCUGGUGUCCGGCUGCAGCCUCAGCCAGUGGCGGAGAAGGUUGAGGCGGAUUUGAAGGAGGAAUCCGGCGGCGGGAGUGGUGGAGAUGCAGAUUUUAGGUUCAAGCAUAAUCGACCGGCGGGAUUGGCAAUAACUCAACCGUCAAUGUUUACCAUACCUCCUGGUUUGAGUCCUGCAACUCUGCUCGAUUCGCCUGGAUUCAGUGCUCUCUUUUCACCUGGCCAGGGCCCUUUCGGGAUGUCCCAUCAGCAAGCACUUGCUCAAGUCACUACUCAGGCUGUUCAGGCUCAAGUUCAAAUGCCUAUUCUACCGGACUACCCUUCUUCAUCAGCUGCUCCUGCAGCACCAUAUUCACGGCUACAGACUACAAAUCAACAGAUGCCUCCUCAAGCAACUGAUCAUAAUAAUAUUAUGAAAGGGUCAACGGAUGUUUCCCAUUCUGAUCAGAAAACUGAACCUGCUCCCUUUCCCGCCGACAAACCUGCUGAUGAUGGCUAUAACUGGAGAAAAUAUGGGCAGAAGCAUGUCAAGGGAAGUGAAUUUCCUCGGAGUUACUAUAAGUGUACACACCCAAAAUGUCCUGUCAAAAAGAAAGUUGAGCGUUCGAUUGAAGGCCAAAUAACUGAAAUAAUAUACCAGGGACAACACAACCAUCCACCACCUCAAAACAGAAAGGGUGCUAAGGAUCCUGGAAACACCAAUGGGACCACUGCUCUUCUUUGCGGCUCUGAACCGAUUUCUGAGGGUCUCACAACAAACAUCAACAAGCACAAGGAUCAAGAAUCAAGUCAAGCUACACAUGAGCACGUGUCUGUGUCUAGUGAGAGUGAAGAAGUGGGUGAUGAUGAUGAAACGAAAACAGAUAGAAGAGAUGAUGAUGAACGUGAAUUGAAGCGGAGGGCCACGGAAAUGCAGGUUCUGGAUCCAGCUACUGCAUCCCAUCGCACGAUUAUAGAACCCAGGAUCAUUGUUCAGACAACUAGUGAAGUUGACCUUUUAGAUGAUGGAUACCGGUGGCGAAAAUAUGGCCAGAAAGUUGUUAAAGGCAACCCUUAUCCAAGAAGCUACUAUAAAUGCACAAAUCCCGGGUGUAAUGUGCGAAAACAUGUCGAGAGGGCUGCAAAUGAUCCAAAAGCUGUCAUUACGACAUACGAGGGUAAGCAUAACCAUGACGUUCCGGCAGCUAGGAACAGCGGGCCCACCACAACAAACAACAAUGCUGCCCUGCAAUGGAGGCCACACGGCACUGUGGGCCAACAGCAGGCUUCACUCGGGACAAAUUAUUCUAGGAGUGAGCAGCAAGUGGCACUACUGCAAUUCAAAGAAGAACAAAUUACAUGAUCUAUCUGUCGGGGCUUCGCACUGGAAGACGCUGAGAAGACAGCUGGCAGCCUACGACAGGUCACCCGUAUAUUUAUGGCAAAGCAAAUCAUCUGUUUAGGAAAGGUUUCGCCCCAAAACCUUUGUGAACUCUUAGAAAGGGGUUGUUUGUAUGGCUAUGGUUACGGUUAUUAACUUAUUAAGAGUGUGUAUUCUUUUCAUUGUAAAUAUGUUUGAAUGGUUAAGAGAUUUGCCUCUGAAUGGUUAAGUAUUAUACAGAGUCUGAAUGGUUAAGAGCUCUUAUCUGAAUUGAUCAGACAUUUGCCUCUGAAUAGUUAAACAAUAUACUAGCUCUUAAUGGUUCAGACCUCUUACUGGUUCAGCACUUAAUGGUUCAGACCUCUUACUGGUUCAGCACUUACCCAUUCAGAAGUUACCAAACAGCCCCUUAAUCAGCAUACCAAUAGGCGACUUGUUAAGAGAUGUCCAAAAAUAAAUUCUGAGCCUAUAGUGNAUGUCUGAAUGAUUCAGCACUCAGACUGUUUGUUUCAGCCUCUUAAUGGUUCAGAUGUUUGAAUGGUUAAGAGAUUUGCCUCUGAAUGGUUAAGUAUUAUACAGAGUCUGAAUGGUUAAGAGCUCUUAUCUGAAUUGAUCAGACAUUUGCCUCUGAAUAGUUAAACAAUAUACUAGCUCUUAAUGGUUCAGACCUCUUACUGGUUCAGCACUUAAUGGUUCAGACCUCUUACUGGUUCAGCACUUACCCAUUCAGAAGUUACCAAACAGCCCCUUAAUCAGCAUACCAAUAGGCGACUUGUUAAGAGAUGUCCAAAAAUAAAUUCUGAGCCUAUAG